CUUCUGUUCAGCUGUUUGGCUUCUUUCACUCCUCAAAGUUUGUUCUAGCUGUCUGGUAACGUUGUUCGUUGGUUAACCCUUCACCGUGUGUAUUCAGGCUAUGGCUGAAUACAAGCUCAAGGUGACAACUGGUGCCAUGAGGCUUGGAGGCACUAUAGAUCACAUCUACGUCAUCUUGAUUGGGACAGAAGGGUGGAGUGACCGCACAGAGUUGGACAAUUUUGGGAUUGACUUUAGAGCUGUAAAGACUGGUACCUACAAAGUCAAAACCAUAUCAUCUCUGGGGACGCUUCUGCUCAUCAAGGUUGAGAAGGAUCCCUUUCUACUCUUCCCAGAAGACGAGUGGUACUGCUCCAAAAUAGAAGUGACGACUCCAGAGGGUGAAGAAAUCCUUUUCCCUUGUUAUAGAUGGAUUUCCAGGGGGGAAUUUGUGGAGCUCAGAGGAGGAAAAGGAUUAACAUUUAUGCAAGAAGAACAUCCUCUGCUGCUUAAGCACAGAAAAAAAGAACUGGCAUUUAAUAAGGGUACUUACCAAUGGGCGUUAAUUGAUGAUGGGUUGAUGCACAUCAGUCACUUCAAAGAUAUAUUUGAGCUUGUUGCAGAACUUCGGUUCUCCAUGUCUGAACUGGAAAAUGCACGUGAAGUCUCUCUUGGACUAGCAAUGGAGAUACUGUCUGAGACUGGUCAAUGGAAACGAAUUGAAGACAUGAAAGCGAUCUUCCGGUUAAAAAAGACAAAGAUGUCAGAGUAUGUUUCAGAGCACUGGAAGGAAGAUGAUUUUUUUGGAUCCCAGUUUUUGAAUGGAACAAACCCCAAUGUGAUAAAGCGCUGCUCCAAACUUCCCCCAAACUUUCCAGUGACUGAUGAGAUGGUGAAACCUUUUCUGGAAACUGGAACCACUCUGAAAAAGGAAAUGAAGGAAGGCAAUAUAUUUCUAUGUGACCAGAAGAUAAUGGAUGGAAUACCAACCAGAGAGAAAGAUGGAAAUCCUCUGUAUGUUGCAGCUGGUUUGUGCUUGUUUUACAAGAACCCUGAAGGAAAACUGUUGCCUAUUGCCAUACAGCUGUACCAACAACCCUCUGAGCAGAACCCAAUCUUUCUGCCAAGUGACCUUGACACGGAUUGGCUUCUGGCCAAGCUGUUUUUCAGGAGUUCAGACUUGCUUCAACAUCAGACGCUCUAUCACCUCAUGCACACUCACUAUCUAGCAGAAGUCUUUGCUGUUGCUACUUUUCGCUGUCUCCCAACCAUUCAUCCCCUUUAUAAGCUGCUGAUCCCGCACUUUCGUUACACGCUACACAUAAACAUCUUGGUCCGCAAACUACUACUUUCACCUGAGGGAGUGUUGCAUGAGAGCUCACUUGGAGAGGAGGGGCUGACUGAGCUCAUGAGACGAGAUAUGUCUCAAAUCACCUACAGCUCCCUCUGUCUGCCUGAAAACAUCAAUGAAAGAGGACUGGAGUCAAUCCCAAACUUUUACUACAGAGACGAUGCAUUGAAGAUGUGGAACUACAUCAAAGAUUUUGUGAAGGCUAUGGUGAAGUACUACUACUCUUCUGACAGUGAUGUGAUUAAAGAUAUUGAGCUACAGGAAUGGAUCAAUGAGAUAUUCAUAUAUGGCUUCUUGGCGAAUGAACAUUCAGGUUUCCCAUCAUGCUUCAAUGAAAUUGAGGAAGUGUCCAAGUUCAUCACCAUGGUGAUCUUCACAGUGUCUGUACAGCAUUCUGCUGUGAACAACGGACAGUAUGACUACAACUGCUGGGUACCCAAUGGCUCCCUCCUGUUGCACAAACCUCCUCCAGCCACCAAGGGGCAGUCCAGCAUGCAGACUUUUCUGGAGACUCUCCCAAAUGUUGACUACUCGGUCAACAUGUCGUCAACUGUUAGGAUUCUUUCAGAAAAGCACAAUGAUGUGGUUCUCCUGGGUGAAUUUCCAGAGGAGCACUUUGACGAGGCUGUCCCGAAGAAGAUUAUCAAGGCCUUGCAAGCAAACUUGUACUACAUGAGGGAAGAAAUUGCAGCAAGAAAUUCUCAGCUGGAAAUCCCCUACACAUAUCUGACCCCUGAUGUGGUAGAAAACAGUGUGACCAUUUAGGGAUUGUUUUCAUCAUGUUUGAAACGAAUAAAGCAAUGUG